AUGGGGCCUUUGAGUUUUCGUUGUCGAUGUCAAGCGAAGCUCUCUCGCCUCUUUCUGGGCCUGGCUCUUGCCACGUGGUUGUGGCUUCGCAUUCCGGCGCCGGCCAUGAGCAAGCCCCCUUCUCCUGCCGGGCUCCUCGUGCUUGGCCUCAACCCGGGCUUGCAGACCAUCCUCCGCUUGCGUGACCUGGACCUGGGCCAGGUGAACCGGGCAGAGGCUGCUAUUACUGGAGUCGGCGGCAAGGGUCAGAAUGCCGCCAAAGCUGCCAAGGUUUUUCUGAGGCUGCAGCAGGAGAGCUCAUGCCCGGUGACUAUUUGCCAGUUUCUUGGUGGGAGCACGGGCGAAGAGGUCAAGCGCCUGCUGUCCCAGCAAGGUAUACACGACAUUACUACCCAGACAGGCGCGGCAACGAGGCAACUGGUCACUCUGGUCGACUACGCUGCCUCCGGUGGCAACCCCGUGGUCACCGAGCUCGUCGCUCCGUCACAACCGAUUGAGGAGGCCGCUGCACAAGAGCUGUUGGCCAGAAUCACCGAUGCCGCUUCGAGCUUCAGGGGCAUCCUGCUGAUGGGCACCUGGCCGAAAGUGGGGCAUACACCUGAGAAGCAUGCUCCUCCUCUGGGCCCGGCGCCGGAGAAUGGGACCUGUGCGUUCUGGAUGCCGUGA